AAAAGUUUCUUCCGCAAAAUAAAUAUGUUUCCGUGUUAGAAUAAAAUGAUGGCUACAACUGACUGUGCUAAUUGUCGGGAGUUAAAAGAGAUUAAAGCUAUAGCAAGACAGGUACUGAAGAAGUACGAUGAACUGCUGGAAAAGUAUAAGGAGAAUGAACAACAGUACGAUGAAAUCGUUAAAACACUCAAAGAAAGGGAGGCCAUGUUGGAUGACAUGAAAGGUUUGAUCGAACCUGCCGUUUCAGAACAUGAACGACUGAUGGUAAAAUAUGACAUUGAAGUAAACUGCAGAAAUGAGGCUGAAAAUAUUGCUCGAAAAGUGACCUCUCAAAACAUCACAUUAAAACGUCAAUCACAGGCUUUGCUUAGCCAUUUGGAGAAGAUUGAUAUAACCCAAGUGCCAGAGGAAAUUCUCGAAGAACCGGAGGAGGAAGAGGAGACCGCAGGAUACAAGGAAUAUACGGAUAAGCUUAACAACACAAUCAAAGAUUUAGAGGAAAAAGUUUCUCACAAUGUCACCUCUCUCGCAACAGCUACAGAGGAGUUAUCUACAGAACGUGAAAAUAACUUUCGUCUUCAACAGAAGAAUGAGCAUUUAAAACAAAGUCUCAAUCAAACUGAGAACACUUUAACACAGUACCAAAAUGCCAUGACUGAGUUAUCUACAAUGUCAGAGUCAGCGUAUGAAGAAUAUGAACAUUUGAAAAACAAGUAUGAAAUCGAAGCUAAACAGAGGACUGAAGCAGAGAAAAAUAUGCAAAAGAUCACAGCACAAAAUGAAGCCAUGAAAAAACAGAGUACAAUUCUAAUGUCAAAAGUUGCUAAUGACCAACAUCUGAUUCUUGCUUUAUGUAAAAUUGAGGAGUUGGAAGAGGAAAAAAGCAAUUUAGAAAGGGAUGUGGACGAUUUACAAAAACAAACGUCAAAUGCCACAAAUGAGGAAGCUCUGACACAGCUUGAGGAGGAAAGGGAUAAACUCUCUGCCGAGAUUGAGGAAUUGACAGAGAAAGUGACAAACUAUGAAAAACUAUAUUCUAAUCUAGAAAAACAGUAUAAAGAGCUGGAAAAGAAACUUGAUGAGGCCUUGAGUCCACCUAUACCACCACCGCCACCUUUGCCUCCACCGACUUCGCAGUCAAAAGGAUUCUUAGCAAGAAUAAGGGGAAACAAAAAGAAGAAACCGGCACCUGGUCAACAGGCAGGUGUAGAUGAAAAGGGGUAUGGCAAAGCACUGGAAGAAAUGAUGAAGAGAAUCAAUUCUGGAAAGCCAAUACUGAAGGAGAAUUCGCGUCAAAUUACAGAAAAGCCAGAUAUGAAGGACGGUGAAAACCCCGGUGCCAUGCUUGAGCUACAUAGUGUACUGAAUCGCUUUAAGAAUACGCAAAGAAAAAGUGGAACUGUAUCGUCACACCCUGUAAAUAGCGUUGAACCCCAUUCUGAACUGGCCAAAGCUUUUCGACGUGUUAAACGAGAAGACAGUCAAACGAAUGAAUAAUGAUUUAAGGAUAUUAUGUUUGUAUAUUUCUUACAAUUCUAUUAAAUACACAUGUUAAAAGAAUUUCGAAUCUUCGAGGGACCAGAAAGUUUGUUUUGUUCUAUUAUUCAGUAGUUAACUAUAACUGCGAACAUAUUAUUAACGGAAAAAUGUUGUUACCAUGGAUGUAUGAUCAUAUAAGUUAUGGUGUCUGUCUUGUUUUGCUUGUAAUUUUUUGUAAAAUGACUUCUUUCUUAAUUUUAGGUCACAUCAAUUCAUUAAUAUUUAUUGAAAUUAACGGAGUAAAAAAUGAGACAGCGAGAAAUUUGGAUUGUAUCUUCCGAAAUAACAAUUGAAAUAGUGAAUGGUAAAAUAAGAUGCUUAAUUCAUAUAUUGAAAGAAAAUUGACUAUUGAGCAAAUAAAGUCUACUUUUCAAAUCAAA